GACCCCACUAUGCGCUCUGCAGAGAGCGACGGUGUCAUGCGCACCGGGCUGUCCAGCAAGUAACCGAAGCUCUCCAAACACAUCGAGUUUAACAACAAUGGAGGUCACAAACAACACGACAACCUGGACACAGUUUGACAACCUUUCCAACAUAUCCCCCAACCCUGAGGACGAGGAGGUGAAGCUGAGUUAUCAAGUGGUCACAUCUUUCCUGCUUGGCGCGCUCAUCCUGUGCGCAAUAUUUGGGAACGCGUGCGUUGUCGCAGCCAUCGCCUUGGAGCGGACUCUCCAGAAUGUGGCCAACUACCUGAUCGGUUCUCUGGCUGUCACCGACCUGAUGGUGUCGGUGCUAGUGCUGCCCAUGGCGGCGCUUUACCAGGUCUUAAACCGAUGGACUCUCGGGCAGGUUCCAUGCGACAUCUUCAUCUCUCUGGAUGUGUUGUGCUGCACCUCGUCCAUCCUGCACCUGUGCGCCAUCGCUCUGGACAGAUACUGGGCCAUAACAGAGCCCAUAGACUACAUGAAGAAGAGGACGCCGAGGAGAGCCGCGGUCCUCAUCAGUGUCACCUGGCUCGUCGGAUUCUCCAUCUCAGUGCCGCCAAUGCUGAUCAUGCGCUCCCAGCCCAACAGCAUGGCAGAGGACAGGGCGAACCCCAAGCAGUGUCAGAUCAGGCAAGACCCCUGGUACACAAUAUACUCCACAUUUGGGGCUUUUUACAUCCCGUUGACGCUCAUGCUGGUUUUAUACGGGCGGAUAUUCAAAGCAGCGAGGUUUCGGAUCAGGAGGACGGUGCGUAAAACGGAGAAGAAGAAAGUGUCCGACUCCUGUUUGGCGUUAUCCCCGGCGCUCUUCCACAAAAAGACUCCCGGAGACGCGCAGGGCAAGAGCUGGAAAAGGAGCGUGGAGCCCCGGCCGCUGCCGAGCGUCAACGGCGCGGUGAAACACGCGGAGGACGGCGAGUCUCUGGAGAUCAUCGAAGUUCACAGCAACUCCAAAGGCAACCUGCCGCUGCCCAACACCCCGAGCUCCGUGCCGCUGUUCGAAAGCAGGCACGAGAAGGCGACCGAGGCGAAGCGGAAGAUUGCGCUGGCACGGGAGCGCAAAACAGUGAAGACUCUGGGCAUCAUCAUGGGCACCUUUAUCCUCUGCUGGCUUCCCUUCUUCAUCGUCGCUCUGGUCAAGCCUUUUUGCCAAGAGUCGUGCUACAUUCCCCGCUGGCUGGAGGAUGUCAUAAACUGGCUGGGCUACUCCAACUCUCUACUCAACCCCAUCAUUUACGCGUACUUCAACAAAGACUUCCAGAGCGCUUUCAAGAAAAUCAUCAAGUGUCAUUUCUGCAGACCGUGAGGGUUUCAGUUUUUGUGGUUUUGAGGUUUGAGUUAAAGACAUCCAGGUGAACAGAGAGGAGCGGCCCUAAAAACCAACGGCUCAUUAAAGAGGCACACAUAGAUUGUUCUGAACAAAGAAUGAUGCUUAAACUGAUCAGAGGGCUCCUACUGAUUACUGUUGAUAAUCACCAUCCUUAAAUAUUCCCAGAGAUGUCUGUAGCCUAUGCAUAGAUGAAGCUGUGAUUGUUUUGAUUGAAGCUCCAUGUUCCUCAUCAUGUUCUGUCAUGUUCA